AUGCAGUGUCUGGUGUUCAGAAGGCUCGUCUGUCAUCUGUCUACCUUCCAACUGAUUUGGUUCUUGGCAGCACUGGUGUUAUGCAGGGCACAAGUGGUGACCCAGGACGUAAAAGCACUGCUGAACACACCUGCUUCUUUAAGAUGCUCUCUGCAACAUCCCCAAGAAGUUUUGAUUGUGACAUGGCAAAAAAUCAAGGCUGUAAGCCCAGAAAACAUGAUCACCUACAGCGAGAACCAUGGGGUUGUAGUCCAGCCUGCCUACAAGGACAAGAUAAACAUCACCCAGCUGGGACUCAUGAACUCAACCAUUACCUUUUGGAAUACCACCUUGGAGGAUGAGGCGUGUUACAAGUGCCUCUUUAAUACCUUUGGUUCUGGAAAGAGCUCAGGAAUAGCCUGCCUCACUCUCUUUGUACAGCCCACAGUAUUCCUUCACUAUAAAUUAUCUGAAGAUCACCUAAAUAUCACUUGCUCUGCCAAUGCUCGCCCAGCCCCUAUGAUCUCCUGGAAGGUCUCUGGGUCGGGGGUUGAGAACAGUACCGAGAUCGUCUCACACCCCAAUGGAACAACAUCUGUCACCAGCAUCCUCCAGAUCAAAGACCCCAAGAGACAGGUGGGGAAGGAUGUGAUCUGCCAGGUGCUACACCUGGGGACUGUGACUGACUACAGGGAAACUGUGAACAAAGGCUUUUGGUUUUCAGUUCCACUGCUGUUAAGCAUUGUCUCCUUGGUAAUUCUUCUGGUCUUAAUCUCAAUUCUACUCUACUGGAAACGUCAUCGGAACCAAGAUCGAGAGCCCUAG